UAAAUAAAAUCUUGUCACUAACGCGUAUUAUCGGGAUCCUAUUAUAUCCCCCUCCCCUGGAUUUGUAUUUAGCCAGCAGCUUCAAUUUCCCACUGGGAGUGAGGUGAAUGGCGUAACUCCGUGUCGAAACCUAGACUACGGAAGCGCUAUCUUUCCGACUGCUCUUAAUAUUGUUACUUAUCUCGGUGAUUCCCCGAAACAUUUGGUCGAUGUGUGGAUCUUUCUAGAUUUUCCAUUUGUAGUCACCGUAGAUGAUAGGCGCGGUUCAGUGUAUAUUUUACAUUUCAAGUGUGCUGGUCGUCGGGAAAAGACUGCCUGAAGUGAACUGGGGGAUUUCGACAUAUUGCGUCAGAUUGAAAUUAUCACAAUUUCUUGGGCUACGUGUCUUUUCAGUGACGUUUGAAGAGGUCCUGCAUAGGGGAUUUGGCGAGUUGACAAUUUUAGCUGUGAAUUGUGUUUGUUUUUUUCGCUUUUCACUGGGAAGAGGGAUACAUGAAAGAUGGUGAAACACUUAUCAUGGUAUAUGUCCAAGGGAGUAGGCAAUAAGAAGACCUACAAAACAAACGUAAGACUAGAAGUGGAGAAAUUUAAACAAAAAAAUCCAGACGCAACUCCGAUUGUGAUGUUCGAUUUCCUGGGCACGAUCCCAGUUCUUUUCACUAACUACAAGGAUGUAAUGUGUGGCGGUCGACAUGCGCUGGGAAUUAAACGUGCCGAAAUAAUGUUCCAGAAAUUUAAAGACUUGGGGAUCGAAAUGCAUUUCUUCUUGGACGGACCCAUCAAACCGAAGAAAUUUCCUGAAUGGUGCCGCCGUAAGAACAGUGAAUAUGAAAACCAGAAAGUCCUGUUUGAGAAUUUGAAAGCUAAGGAGCCCCUGAAUUAUCGGUUUCAUAGAUAUUCGAAAACCUACUAUGAGAACUAUUUACGAGUAGCGAAGAAGUAUGGUCGGAUUUUCCUGUCUCUGGAAAAUGAAUGUGACCUAGACUUGGCUGAAAAUGCAUCAAGAGUGCAUCCCAUGGCCAUAUUUGCAUGUGAUUCUGAUUUUCUGGUAAUGAAAGGAGACUUUCCUAUUUGGAAGGCGGACAAUUUCAACCUUGAGACUAUGACAGUGCAGGUAUGGAACAAGCGAAGGAUGAGAGAGUCGUUAGGUCUGGAACAGUGGCAAAUGCCAAUUUUCGCAACAUUAUGCGGUAAUGAUUGGGUUGAAGCCAAGCUGGUGGAGCACAUACAAGCCAGUUUACCGCAGGGGAUUAGGGAUGACAAGAGCGGAAAAAUGCAAAAGGCAUUAGCUGACUUGGUCCGAAAUACCUUUAAGGAUAAAACGAAAGUCAAUGUCAAACUAUCUGAGUUGAUUUACAAUAAGGGGAGGUGCCAAACUUCGUGGGAUGAAGUUUUCGCUGCUGUUAAAACAAGCCUCGACUUUUACAAUUGCAGGACCUACAAGGAAACUCAGAUCGAGCCCUCCUGGCUACGCGAGCAUGUUAUGAAAACCGCCAGUUUUUCCGUGCUCAAUAUCUACAAAAAGGAUAUUCUCUAUAUUUCCCAAUGCUUUAUUGACCUCUCUAAAAACGAUGUGUGUUCGUUUUCUGAUCUUGUGCUUCCACUGCUCCGCCGUAAAAUUGGGCUUGUAUUCAAUAAUAAUCGUGACGCACAUAAGGACGCAAAGCACCCAAUUUGUUUGAAGCCAAACGUAGACGAACCUUUUGCCAUUCAUUACUUUGGACCAAUCUUUCCGGACUUUGAGGUUCCGCCAUUGGAUGAUAUUUUGGCCGCAGAUGAGGACUUUGUCACUUUGGAGGAGAAGCUUCGAUUGUUCAGUUGGAUUGUAGCUCCAAAGCGGAAUAAAGUCAAGGUUGAGCUGUUGGAAAAGCUACUGAAAACCAUUUUCAUAGUGCCAGCUGUCAUCACGAAUUAUUUGGUCAAGGAACGACAGAUCACCCCUGAUGAAGCUGAUGUACUUCUGCUGACUAUUUUCGAGGCUUCCAAAAUGGAUAUGGAAAAGUUGGAGAGGAUGAGCCCCCCAGCUGAGUUAGAUGAACGUGCCUUCUGGCUAUCCUUUACAUAUACGUAUUUUGUGAGAUAUUUCGAGGAAGCCAUGACGGUUUGCGGAUUGUAUGAGUUCAUUCCGUAUUCAUACUAUGACGGAUAUUUGUUUCACAAAAUGUAUGGUAAGUUCCUAAGCAUGUCCUACGAUGCGAAGAAAGAAAUAUUAAAAUCUGUCCAAGAAUAUCGAUUAUAUGUUCUUUAGUUAUUGGGGAGAUUGUUGCUGGUGGCAUUGAAUCUCAUUUUCAUUAUUAUCCUGUUUUAUGUAUCCUGUUUAUAUAAUGUUAAUAAACUUUAUAAUUUA